AAGAAGUUUGUAAGCUUUAAAAGUAAAUUCUGAGAGGAUCUAUUGCUAGGUAAAAGCCGUAGAGCGAAUAAAAGCAUCCUUUUUUGACUGUCAGAUUUUGGAGUAAUUUGACAAAAGUUUGGGGCUGCGAGAGCCCGGGAAAGGUACAGUCACAUGCAAAUGACAUUACAAUUCCAAAGGUAAUGACGCACGGUGAUGAUGGAUGAGUGUUCGAGGAAUAUGGAUUAUUACUAGCAGACACCCUUGAUGAACUCUCAUCACGUCAAAAAGAAAACAAUAACGGAGAUCGGUUUUUGUUCUAGAGAGAAGGGGGGGGGGAAGCAUGCACUUUCUCUCCCCGGUGUUCCGACAGAGGAAUAGGAUCUAGGGAAGUGCUUGUCUCAAUUGGAAACGUAUGUGACGGUGAUGAGAUAUCUGAGUAGAGCGAGUCUGGAAUCUCUGACUGAUCACAUUCAGUUCUUUUGACAAUCUAUACUUAUGUGGGAGAAUGGCUUUGUGGCAUUUUGAUUUGGUUGGAAAUUGUUAUCAGAUUGAGAUGAAUGACCAAUCUCCAUGCCUCUGCUGUGGAAGGAUUCUAUUCUUUUCCAUCUUGAAGAAACCUUGGUUUUGAUCAGAAGGUGCUGUGGAGUUACAGGGAGAAAGUUAUUGACUGACGUGUCAGUGCAGUGUUCGAAUCUUUGCAAUUGGAUAUUCGCUUUCUUGGAAUCAUGGACCUACUAGAAAUACUGGGAAAAAGUAUGACUAUUGAUGUAGCAUUGCUUUGUGUCUUGCACAGAGUGAAAUACAAAAAGUCUUGAUUGUUAAAAGAUUUCACAAAUUUUGACCUGGACUGUAAUAUUGCGAAGACAGGAAACCAUCUCAGGGGAUUGUUGUUCAGGGAAACAUCUUUCUUCAGCCAUGGCAAAGCAGGGAUCCAAAAGGUCCAUUGCAGAUUACCGAGCUCUGCUGGAUAGUGCCCUUCAGACAGGUUCCAACCUAUGUAUCAGUGUCUUGAGAAAAACAAAACGGAGGGCGCCCCCACCUCCUCGGAAACCCAAGAACGCUGCAGCCCCUGUGCCAUUGGGGGCAUCGAAAUCCCCUCUGUCAACGUCCCUCUCCGCAUCAUCAUCCGCAUCGACUAGUACUUCCACGUUGACACCGGAGACUUCUAAUGGGCAGGCAGAAGCAAUGAGGGGUCCUGCAGAAAUGAACAAAAGCAAAUCUCCCUUGAUGAACUCUGCGGGGUCUACUGCCACCCUUCCCAACUUGGGGUCCAGGGGUGGCCAGAUGAUGAAGGAAGGGAGCAGGGAGAUCAGGCGGUCUAAGAGUGGGUCGGUGAAGCGAAGGGCGCCCCCACCACCGAGGAAAGAGGCAAAGGAUCACCAGAUGGAAGAAGAGGUACCGGCUACGAAGCAGGUCAGAACCAGUGAGACCCCGAACCCUGUGACUGUCGCCAGGAGUGACUCCAUUUUGUCCAAAAUGCUGCCAGACCUCAAGAAAAGGAAAAGAGAAGUUGUAAAGAUCCACCUGGUUAAAGACAAGGGCUCCUUAGGUAUCCAGAUAGCAGGAGGCAAGGGAUCCAGAAAAGGAGACAUUGGUAUCUUUGUGGCAGGAAUAGAUGAAGGCAGCCCGGCAAACAGGGAUGGAAGAUUACAGAAAGGUGAUGAGAUUUUACUCAUUAAUGGGACUGGUCUCCUGAAUGUUACACACAAAGAUGUUGUGGAUAUCCUUCAAGCCAGUGGUAGCAUAGUGCAGCUUGUUAUUGCCAGAAAGCGGAAAAGGAGACACCAGUAUCAGGGAGGAGGUGUCAUCUUUCCAUCAGAUGCGUCCGAUUCCAGCAGUCUCUCCAGCCAACCUUCAACGCCCCAUGGUUCCCCAAGACUAGGGACCCGGCGCUUCCACUCCAAGGAAAAUCUCAUGCCAACGACGCUGCCAACCGCAAGACCCCCGACGGCAAGGAUCAGUCCCCUGGACGUGGGUGUCCAUUGCAACGACAGGAUGGGCAAUGGGAGCCUAGGAUCUGGCCAAGCACGCUUUUCAAAGCAAGAAGAAGGUUCAUUGACCUAUGAUGAAUCAGUAUGGAAGAGAUUUUCAUCUCCUCAGAGCGCACCUACUACACCAAGGCAACUAAUCCAACAGAAGACGGCGACCUGCGAACCCUUACCUGGCCGGGGGUCACCUAUACCAGGGCGGGGUUCACCCAUCCCCUCUGUGGUACAGCAGAUCUCUCUCAUCAAGGGCGGUUAUGGGAAGGGGCUGGGGUUCAGUAUCGUUGGGGGCGAGGAUUCACCGAAAGGACGAAUGGGUAUCUUCAUCAAGACCAUCUUCACAUCGGGAGCUGCCGCAGCAGAUGGAAGAUUACGAGAAGGAGAUGAAAUCAUGUCAGUGAAUGGUGAAACUUUGAAUGGGAUGACGCAUAAACAAGCCAUUAAUAAAUUCAAGCAAGUAAAGAAAGGCGUGGUCACCCUGACAGUGAGGAGUCGAUUCUCUCCGAGACCGUCCCCUGCUAUUAGCCCAAUUACAAGCCCUAUCGUACCACCAAGAAGUCUACUGCUGGAAUUGAAAAAGUCCAGGGAGCGUGCUUACGAGACGGUAGCUGAAGAGGGCGCUGUGAGCCAUCAGAGAGAUCCUGACAGGGAUGGAGAGGGUUCAACGCCUAGGAGGGGCGGGGAUAGGGGCAGACUCAACGUCACAGUCGUUCUUAAUAAAGCUCCAGGUAUAAGCCUUGGUCUUGGAGUUGUUAGUCUACCUAGUCCUGACUGUCACGAUGAGAGGAGGAUAUACAUCCAGCAUCUUGCCACAAACUCCCCUGCUGAUAUGAAUGGCAGAUUAUGCAUUGGAGCCCAGAUCCUUGCCGUUAACGGUCAAAGCCUGAAGAACAUCAGUCUCCAGGAGGCACAGAAGAUCCUUGGUAACCUACAACCCGGCCCUGUCACACUCAGGAUAGCUCGCUACUCUAAUGCUCUGCUGACCAAAUUGGACUGUGAAGCAGAGAUGAAAUAUCUUCGAUCUAAGCAGCUAUCAAACUGUUCCGAUGUUGAGCCGUGUUACGAGAAAGUAGCCGAUUGCCAUGACAAUGAGGAAGAUGAAGAAGAGAAAGAAGGCAUUGGUUCUCCAUCGGCCAUGUCCUGCGGAUCUACAGCCUCUAGCAAAGAUUUCUCUUUACCAGGAUAUCAGAGAAUUAACAGUGACAAGAGAAAGGCGAACCAGAGAUCGGAAGUUGUUGUGGACUCGUCUGUUCCCAUCACGGAGGCUGAAGUAGAGAGGAUAGUUACACCUAUCAGCAGCCAAGAUGUCUAUUCAACUCCAGUCAACAAGCAUUCAUCUCCUCAGGGAGGUAACGCAACAUUGGGGAAUAGUAAUAUUGAGAAUGGACACAGAGGGAGUGGGCACAGCGAGGAAGACGAAGAGAUGAACAAUGGCAAGAACCCUGUCAUGAGGACUGGAAAAACAGAACAUAAGAGACUUGGUAGGGUUGGAUCGGAGCUGGCCGCCGAGUUUGAAGCCUUCGUGAGUGCCCAGACGUUGGACAAUGAUUCCCUUCCGUGGGUGCAGAGCCAGAAAGUGGCUAGUGAACUGUUGAGCCUCCAAGAGCACUUUAGCCAGGAGGAACUGGCAGAGCUGAAGAACCUUGCGGAUGGGAGACGACUGGAGGUGCUGACGAUCACCAGGCAGUUUGGUGAGAAGCUUGGCAUGGGCUUGAACAUCCAACACACUCAGGAAGAGAACAGCUUGACCCAAACUGUGCAGAUUAAGAGCGUCCUGGCCUGUGGGGUAGCGGAGAGAGCGACCGGGGGAUCCAGGGGUAUGGUUGUGGGAGAUGAAAUCCUGGCUGUUACCAACCAGAUCCUCAAGAAUAGACCAUACCUUGAUACUGUGCAGAUCCUCUCCAACCUGCCCUUGAAAGUGAAGGUGAUUGUAGCAAGGCCGGAGGAAGAUUCAGAGGAUGAUGAAUCAAUGGUUCAGGAUUCUCCUGAAUCGGAAUCCAAUUCCAGUGGGAGAUCAAGCUGUAGCGAUACAAGAUGGGGUGAAGAGGACAUCUGGAAGAGGAUUGAGAGCACACGAGUUGAGGAUGUCCUUGGGUUUGUCAACCCAAAAAGUAAUCAUAACCAACUAAAUGAAAAGAAUAACCACACAUGGGACAAUAAAAGUGAGGAUAUCUGGCAAAAAGUAGAAGGGAGACACAACGGCAGUGCUACUACGAAAAAAGAAAACAUUAGAGUAAACUAUGUGAGUGAUGUUAAAAGUCUUCCAGCAGGAACACACCUGACUCCUUCGUACAAGAAGCACAAGCAGCACUUGAGGUUUCACAACAGAAGUCCAAGCCCACGGACUCCUGCCAUGGGAGAUGAUACCCUUUCCAGAGACAGUUCUCCCACUGUUUCCUUUUCAAUGGACCUUACUGAUGAGAAUGAAGAAGAUUUGGAGGAUCUACUGAUGUUAGAAACAGAACCCUUAAGUGAUCAGGAUGAAGGUGACAGUGGGCAUCAGAAAUCAAUAUACCUCAGCCCACAGGAAUCACCAACAAACUCUUCCAACCUGAAGUAUAUGAAAUCUCUGAAGGUAGACCUUGAUGAUAGUCUUUAUCAGACCCCGAGUGAACACUUUGGUUCCAAAGACACCAUGGAUGAUUGUCUUGAGAACAAUGAUCCUCCUGUAACGGAUAUUGAUGAUUUACUUGGAUCCGAUGAUGGCUACAUGGAGACAGAAGAAUGUGAUAUGGCAGUCAAACCAGAGGUGACUCCAAGGAGUGAGACAUUACCUGUUAAAGUGACUACUUCAGCAGAGAGGAAGUCUCAUAGAGGUUUCCUAUUCAAUGAGGCUGAGGGAAUUGUGAAAUCGUCACCUGUUAUUUCAUCAUCAAAACAGAGAGCUGAAACGAUUAUUUCCAAAACAACUGCUCAAGAAGUGUCCAGCUCCCCGCCUCCUUUGAGCUCUUCCUCCCCAAGAUCAUCACCAACAGACUCACUGUCCUCCCAAUCGUCACAAGAUGGCAGCAGAUCUGAUUCUUCAAAAUCUGAUGAUGUAGUGAAGAGGGACAAAAAGAUUUUGAGUAGUGUGUCCAGGAGGUUUAGGUCUUCCAGGGUUGACAAAGAUGUUUUCAAACAGAGAAGGAAUAUGUUUGAGGCAGCGAGUAAAGAUGCUACUCCUCUGAGUUCUGUAGCACCAAAGCCAAAGCCACUCGCUAAACCUCACACAUUUUCUAAAUUUGGUGCAACACCUUCAAGUAUUAAUAAGGCCAAUGCUUCUUUAGGCCAAACGAAAAGCAAUAAGUCUUUGGCUGCCAACAUCGCAAUAGCCACACCUGCACCAAUCAAACCAGGCGAUACGAAAUCUUCCAAAAAGACAACUAUGCAAACUAAAGAUGAAUCGCCCAAACCACAGAGCCCCCAAGCUAGACAGGAUCAAGAGGUCUUUGGAGCUGAUAUCCGUGCCAUGUCAAGUGUUGCCUCCAGUAUGGAACACUUAAAUGAAACAAAGUCCAUAACUGAUCAAUCCUCCAAUCCCCUUGCUUCAGCAGUAGAUGACAUUUUUGCUUCGGCAAUGGAUGAUGUUCUUCAGGACACUUCCUCUGAUGCAUUGUUCAUGAGUUCUGGAGCUAGUCAUGCUGAUUUUACCCUAGAUUCAAGAGUUGAUGUACCAGUUAUGAGGCCGCCUACAGGUUUCAGAGAUGAUUCCUCUAUAGAGCCAUCACAAUCUCAUCUUGAAGACUUCGACUCUGAUGAUGAGGAUGAGGUUCAUGAGGACAUUAAAGCAACGAGCGGGCUUGAGGAAGAAUUAUCUGGUAGCAGUGGGGACAUGAGCAAGAGGGAUACUUCUGAUUGUCAACCAAAUUGGGAUCACCGCAAAGGAACUGUCAUCAAGGUAAAGUCUCCAGUUGUUGCCAGGAGUAAGACUAGCUCACCUAAAAGUGGGGCAAAGAAACUGAUUAAAGCUGAUGCCCUCCAUUUCAGUUCAGAUUCUAGUGAUGAUGAGGAGGAGGAGGUGGUGGAUGUGAAUCCAGAAAUCAAGUGGCAUGUCUUACCGUCAUCUUCAGAGAAGGACAAUCCAAGUAAUCUGUUGACAGACGAGAGCUCUAAGGAUUUCAGAGGCAAUGAGGAUCAGACAGAGUCUGUAACAAGUGAUGAGACACCAAUGUCACCCAGGAUGCCUCCUGAUGGUGAUGAGUUCCCAGAGCAAAUAAAAGUGUGCCCAAGUUCAUCACCUAAAAUCAGUUCUAGCCCUGCACCUAUCGAGAGAAACGAUCAACAAGAUAUUCUAAUUGAGAGCAAAGAAAUUACUUCUGAUUCCUUGCAAGGAAAGGGUUCAAGUACUAUCUCUGACAGCAUUAGUGCAAAGCCAACACUUCCAAAGAAACCCAGCUUAUCGAAACUGAACAUUUCUUUAAAGACACCUGCACUGUCCGCAGCACCCACUGCUAAAAUGUCUCUUGCCUCUUUAUCCUCACAGUCCCAGGGUAAGACACAAACAUCUCCUUUCAAGGAUAUCAAAUUGAAGAGUCCACCCAAGGUUGGAAGUGAUGAUGUCUUCACAUCUCCUCGCACAAGCCCCAAGCUCGGGAGCCUGAAUAGAUGGGGCUCAAGGGAUAGGUCUGAUGGAGACGACGACAUUGUUGCCAAGAGAGGUGCAUUGUUUGGUGAAGUCAUCAAGAGGAGAACCUCAUCUUCAUCGUCAUGCUCGACAUCUCCUCCACCAACACCUGUGAGAACUCUUUCACCAACUCGUUCUCCACGCAAAAUUUCUGAACUUUCACCACCUCUUAGUUCUAGUAAGGUUGGUGCAAUCUUAAAGGACAGUGGAAAGAUAACAGAAAGAGAAUCCAAGAAUCUUUUAUCUUCAAGCUCACAUGUUGAUGUCAGGACAAAGGAAAGGCCAAAAUAUGCCAAUACAGAUUCAUUUAAUGAUUGCUCAGAUAAUGACCAAGAAAACAGUGAGAGCUCAAUUCAAGAGACACCUACCAAGAGUCUUUCGUCCGAAUCAAAAGAAAGUGAGGCAGAAGUUAGGGUGUCAAAAGAAGAAUGUACCCAAUCAUCACCAAUUGCAGACAGUACUGUUGGGAAAGUAAGGGGUUCCAUGUCACCUAAGAAAGAAUUAUCUCCUUUGGUAAAGGCUGAUGGGGCACUGUCAUCGAGAAGUGCGGCACCACCACUAAAGCCAAGUCCAUCUUCAGCAAAGCCAUCCAUUUUAGAUUCUUUGAAUUCUGUGACAUCAUCGAAUCAGAAAUUCAAGGGACUCUCUGUUCCAAAGAAACUUUCUGUGAAUACAUCCUCUGUUGGGUCAUCAUCAACUUCUGGUCCUUCAAAAAUUGGAGUUCCUCUGUUGUCCAGUUCCAUAAAAGCAAAACCUUUGAUGCUGACCACAAAAUCAGCCGCAGGAAAUGCAAGUGUACCUGGUAGUGUUUUUAAAUCUAAACUGACUGCAAAGAAAUUCACAUGGGAAAGUGAGAAGGAUCAGGGAACUACUACUGGUGAAACUAGGAAUUUGGGGUCAUUCUCAACAAAUUUGAACAAAUCGGGUAGCGAUGAAAAGUCAGUGAAAAAUACUUUACCGAGGGCAACUCAGUUGAAUUCUUCUGGACAAACAGGUGUGCCAACAUCCCUAUCUAGACUUAGACAAGAUAUCAGGUCAGCAGCCGCCAAAAAGGAACUUAAUGAAGCAAAAGGUGGAUCUUCUUUGACUAGUUCAGACAUCAACAGCAAUGUGAAGGAGGAAGAUUGCAAGCCGAAGGUGCCUUCCAAACCAGUUGUAGCUCGCAGGAAUGUAGCUGAUGCACUCACCACAAUGAGUUCUAGGAGGGUGUCCUUUGAAGGUGAUGAUGGAAUCCAGCUUGAUUCCACCACAGAUAUUCAUUCCAAAAUUCCCACAAGUAAAACCCCUUCUAAGGAUGAGACAGUGGAGGAACUCUGUGCCAGCGAAAGAACAGAAUCAGUCGAUGUACCCCCACCACUGCCCACAUCCAGUCCCCCUAAAUCUGAAAGUACAUCUGAGAAUUCCAAACCAGAGAUUAAACCCCUCACAAUCUCAACACCUAGGUCGGACACCCAAAGUGUCAAAGUCACCCCCUCGAUUCCCACCUCCCCAAAACCACCUCUCCCCAGUUCCAAACCUCUCGCCGCUUCCAGAUCUCCUCGGGCAGGCAUCAGCAAGAAGGUGACUCCGAUCAUUGUGAGUGAUGCGGACGAUGAUGCUGAUGAUGAUGAUGACGAUGAGGAGGAGGAGACUUUGGACAUGGCUGAUGAGGAUAAGCAGAGGGGUCCUCCAGCACUCCCCAAACUGCCACCGCCAUCUCCUUCCAGAGUGAAGAGCCCUGUGUAUGAUGUAUCAGCUGAUCUUCUGAGCAGCCUGGAUCCAGAAGAAGGAGUCCUAGAAAUUAGGAUUGAUAGGAUUCCUGGUGAACCAUUGGGUAUUGAGAUCUGCGGUGGAAGCGACACUCCGGAGGGGUGUAUCUACGUGAGCAGUGUUACCCCUAACUCUGCUACCCAGCGAAUCGGCAGGGUGCGACCCGGAGACCAGCUCCUAGACGUCAGCGGUAACUGCAUGGUCGGUAUCACCCACUCCAAAGCCAUGGAUGUCUUACACCAGGUCGAGAAGAGCACCGUUCACCUAGUGGUUGCCAGGAAGAAGCCGGAGAUGGGGUCUAGCUACGCUGACAGUGACGAAGAGGAGGACUAUGUGGAGAAUCUUGCCGUGGAAUUGGUGAACGCUGGCUUCGGCAGCGAUGGGGAACCCAUGGGGGUGAGCUCGGACAUUGAAUGCAGCGACUCCGGACCAACGUCACCGGACGGCAGGCUACUAUCGCCCAUCGGAUCAUCGGAUGAGCUCGACGGGGCCACGUUUUCUCGAACGAAGCAAUCAACACCGCAGAAAGAUGGACUGCAGCUGUUAAUGUCGGAGAAUAAUAACUCUAACAAGAAGAAGAAGCGAUUAGUCAGUCUUCAGCCGGGUCUUCUGAGCCCACCGCUCCGAAGUCCAACCUAUUCAGAAGACAGCGGAGAUGGAGAUUCCUUUAGGUUCAAACCUCACUUCAAUCCAAGGUCGAACCGAACACAUUUCAAAGAUGACACGAAGGCCAGUUUGCAGCAGCGUGGUCUCCUUGAGCGAUCCUUCUCAGAGAGCUCCAACUCCACCAUCCUACUCUCGACAGGAGAACUAGAGAAGCUAAUAGAGGAGGCCAACCAAUCCCUUGAUGAGGCUGAUGAUAGUGACAUCGCCGUCAUCGUCCUCCACAAGGAUGACGAAAACCAGGGUCUUGGACUCACAGUCGCUGGAGGCAUAGAUCAAGAAGUCCAAGAAGUAACAGUCCAUAAAGUGAUUCCCGGAGGUCUAGCGGACAGGGAUGGGAGAAUACAGAGGGGCGACCGUCUAAUAUCGGUCAAUGGGCGAGUCUUGAAGGAUGUUAGCCACAACCAGGCCCUGGGUCAACUGAAAACCAAGAGGAGGGAUGUUGUCCUGGUGGUAGCGAGGCCAUUAGAGCUGGAGGAAACAGAGGAAGAAGGAGAGACAGAUGACAUAGAGAUGGCGAAGGGACCAGCCGGACUCGGUUUCAGCGUCGAGGGUGGGCGUGGUUCGCCAAAAGGAGAUCAGCCAAUCACGGUCAAGAAGAUCUUCACAGGGGGCGUGGCAGAUAGGAGUGGCUUGUUACACGUCGGCGAUGAGAUUGUGGAGGUGAACGGCAGAAGACUUUCAAACUUGACUCACUUUGAGGCAUGGACCUUCCUCAAAGCAGUCCCUUCGGGUAUGGUGAAGCUAAAGAUCAAAAAGCCAUCGAAAAAAGGGGAUGAGAAGGACAAAGCAAAGGAAAAUGUCUUGUCAGAGGAGGUCUUGAAAAGCUUAGAAUGAAAGUCUUGUCAGUUCAGCAUAUCAGGUUGAAGAGAAUUCUUUCGAAGUCUUGUCAGUCAACCCAUCAGGUCAGACUGAAUUUCUUCAUUGUUGGUUGGAGCAACCAUUCUGGUUAUACUGAAUUCCUGUGAUGUCUGUAGGGAGCAGCCGAUCAGAUUGAACUGAGAUCCUACAACAUCUGUGGAGUAGCCGUUCAGUUUUUACCGCGUUCCUUCGAUAUCAGUUGCAUCCGUGUCUGAGUCAUCAUAGGCCAGUGAUGUCAUUGCCAUAGUUUGCCGAACAGUAGCCAUAGAAGAACUUCAUCCAAGUUUCUCCUGAAGAACACUGCCCUUUGAAUCAGCACCACAACUGGUUAUUUUCCAGAUGAUCAAGUCUCAUCACUCUUCAAAAGCUGCAUCAAGAAUGGUUAUUAAAAUUGAGUCCAUUGUGAAAAUGAAAGGCAUGUAUACUAGAAUUACAAACGCACUUGAAGCAUUUAGCAGAGGUUUUUCUGAAGUGUCCUGUCUGAUAAUUGAAGCAGGAUUUUUCUCAUUAACCUACCAGAUGUGAGGGUCACCGUAGCUUAUAACGGUCAUCAGUGAAAAAAAAUCGCAGAAAA